AUCUAGCAUUGUGUUUUUUCACCUAUGCUUUCUUGGUUCAUUGAGUCAGAGCUCACCGGUUGAAUAACUAUGCUAUCACAAUUGUAAGAUCCACUAAAAAUUGGUCUCAUGGCAGAUCAUGAUGCAGAAUCUUCCUCCUCACAUUUCAUAUAUGAUGUUUUUCUGAGCUUUAGAGGCUUCACCCGAUACGAAUUCACAGAUCGCCUCUAUCAUGCUUUGUGUAAGAGAGGAAUCACCACCUUCAGAGAUGAUGAGAAUCUCAGAGUUGGUGAUAGAAUCAGAGAUACUCUUCUUGAAGCCAUUGAAAGAUCCAGGAUGUCUAUUGCUGUGCUGUGUAAGGACUAUGCUUCUUCCACAUGGUGUUUGGAUGAACUAGUACAGAUCAUGAAGUGCUGGAAUAAUGGAAAAAAUCAACCAAUUUUGCCAAUCUUUUAUCAAGUGGAACCAUCAGAUAUGAGGCGCCAGAGGAACCAAUAUGAAAAAGACAUGAUGAAACAUGAAGACAGAUAUGGCAAAGACUCCCAUGAUAUAAAAGCAUGGAGGUCGGCUUUGCGUGAAGUGGCCAAUCUAAGUGGAGUGACUUGUACAGUGAAGAGGUGAGUAACCUUUAGUUCAUGAAGUAACCUUACUGUUUUGGUGUUAGCUUCUGUUUUCACAGCUUCUUUACAAGAUUUUGAGCAUUUAUAGUAACUUUGCUUCAUUUUUUGAUGGUGUAUGUAUAUAUUUCCUUAUGUAAAAUGAGUAUAUAUUGAAGAGAUAUUUCAUGCAGCUAUGAAAGUGAGAUUAUCAACAAAAUUGUUCAAGAGGUCUCGGAGAAGCUUCCUCCAGAACCACUAUACAUUAAGCAUCCAAUUGGUUUUGAUUCUCACUUUGAAGCAGUGUAAUCACUUUGGAAUAUUGAAUCUGACAAUACCAUUUGCAUGCUGGUCAUGUAUGGAGAUGGUAACAAGACCACAUUUGUUGGAGAGUUGUUUAACAGGUUCAGGCAUCAAUUUGAAGCUGCGAGUUUUCUUCAUAAAGUCUCUGAAAAAUCAAGGAGGAGUGCUGAUGGCCUAG